UUCUCUCUAGCGGCAAGCUCUACCUUCUUCUGACGGACCCAGGACUCUGGCUUCGAGGCCGUUACCUGGAGAGGCCAGUCUUGGAGGGAAGAUGGAAGAACUGAGCCAAGCCCUAGCCAGUAGCUUUUCUGUGUCUCAAGAACUGAACAGCACAGCUGCCCCACACCCUCGCCUGUCCCAGUACAAGUCCAAGUACAGCUCCUUGGAGCAGAGCGAGCGGCGGCGCCAGCUGCUCGAACUCCAGAAAUCCAAGCGGUUGGAUUAUGUGAACCAUGCCAGAAGACUGGCCGAAGAUGACUGGUCAGGGAUGGAGAGUGGGGAAGAGGAGAACAAGAAAGAGGAAGAGGAAAUGGACGUGGACCCUGGCAAGAAGUUACCAAAACGCUAUGCUAAUCAAUUCAGUUCAGGAACACUGAAGGACUUGGUAUAUGCCACCAGGCUUCACUGUGAUAUAGACAUGGAGCACUACACCAUUCUGGAUUGCAUUUACAGUGAGGUGAACCAGACAUACUAUGUUUUGGAUGUGAUGUGCUGGCGAGGACAUCCUUUUUACGACUGUCAGACUGAUUUCCGAUUCUACUGGAUGCAUUCAAAGUUACCAGAAGAAGAAGGACUGGGAGAGAAAACCAAGAUUAACCCUUUUAAGUUUGUAGGGCUAAAGAAUUUCCCGUGUACCCCUGAGAGCCUGUGUAAGGUGCUGUCUAUGGAUUUUCCUUUUGAGGUAGACGGACUGCUCUUCUACCAUAAACAGACCCACUAUAGCCCUGGGAGUACGCCUUUGGUGGGCUGGCUGCGCCCCUACAUGGUGUCGGAUAUUCUAGGUGUAGCUGUUCCAGCUGGUCCGCUGACCACCAAGCCAGAAUAUGCUGGGCACCAGCUCCAACAGAUUAUUGAGCACAAGAGGAGCCAGGAGGACACAAAGGAGAAACUCACACACAAGGCUUCUGAGAAUGGCCAUUAUGAGCUGGAGCACCUGUCUACUCCCAAGUUAAGGAGUCCUCCCCAGAGCUCCGAGAGCCUCAUGGACAACUAAACUGGACAACCCACAAAAGACUGGGGCAGAGGACAGUGAUGAUAGCCAUAGGUGACCUUAUUUCAGUACAUACUUUCUAAACCCAUGCUGCCAAAACCAGCUUGCCCCUGUCUAGAAUGCUGGCUCAGACUGUUGGGGGUGGGUUUCUUUUGGAUGGAGUUCGACUCCAGGUAGAUAUGAAUAUCUCUUGCUGUGUUAAGUGUAUUCUAGUAUUUUAAGUCCACAGUGUAAAUAUAUGUGAUUCUUAAGAAAAA